UUGGACAUUGUCAUCCUGCAGUUGUUGAUGCCGUUGCUGGAACUGUAGGAUCUCUCAUGAAUCCCUGUGGAUGGGACUUUGAUUAUGGUGACAUUAGAUACCCAAAGGAUCUUCAGUCAUACCUCCCAGACAAUCUAAACACUUUUUUAUUCUGUAACUCAGGGUCAGAAGCUGUUGACUUAGCUGUCCAGCUUGCCAGACUGUAUACUAGGGGCAAUGAUGUUUUAGUCGUUGAUAAUGCCUUCCAUGGCUCUAUCGACUCAGUGCAUCACCUCUCCCCUAAAGUGUCCAAGGCUAAUAAUAUUUCAUCAGUGGAUUGGGUGCAUGUGAUUGCAAUGCCUGACCUGUACCGAGGACCUUAUCAAGGUGAUGAUCCACUGGCAAUCAAAAAAUACAUAGCCAAUACUAGAGACAUGCUUGAAAAAGUUCGCCUAAAUGGAAGAAAGAUUUCUUGCUUUAUCGCAGAGCCCAUGUUGACUAUCCCUGGUUGCAUCAUUCCACCAGAUGUUUGGCUCCAAGAUAUGUACAAGUAUGUUGCUUCAUGAAGAUUAAGUGUCACAUUCCAUAUUCUGG